CCCAAGAAACUACUCAAGAAUGGUGACAGUUACAUACACUGGCGCUUCAUGAUUGGCCAGAAGCAAAAUAAAAAUAAAAUCAAAUGCUUCGGACCCAUCUUCUAGUCUUCUUUGAAGAAGUCGUGACAACGUCGUGUUGACAAGUCGGGAACAAGCAAAAAAUCUUAUCUUUCUCCACAUUAUUUGGCUUCCAAAUCUUUAUUUCUUAUUUAUAUCUAAACAUAUUCUUGCUUCAUUUCUUCAGAUCUUGAAACAUACUCUAAACAAAAGAAACAAAAGAUUUGGCCAACUUCUUUCUUUCUGUGGUGAUUGCGAAUAAGUAUGUCUAUGGGGAAGAAACAUCUUAACAUCAAUUCUCUGAAUCACCAAUCCACAAAGGACGAAGGCAACAACUGCAAGAACAGCCUCUUCUUUGGAUUGUUUGAUGACCCUGAAUCUACAAGGUUGAGAAGUGGGAGUAUGAAGAGACAAUACAGCGACAUGGGAGAUAGCUACCACAGAGUUUAUGAAGAACAAAAUGAUGAUGUUGAUUAUGAUGGUGAUGGUGAUGAGGGAUCAAGGAUGGACAUGAAAGUCUUGAUGGUUUUAGAGUAUAUGAGAGAGCUUUACGUGGGACAACUUCAGCUGCUUAAAAAGAUGUUUCCAGGUGCAGCUAAAGAAGAGUUUCUUGGUUUCUUCAACAAAAUCGGAGACGCUGUGUCCCAAUUCAAACAAGAUUCUCGUCCUCAUACAAAGUCAAUGACUAUGCAGAGGAGUCUUAGUGCUGGUUCGCCACGUUUCACUUCGAAAGGGGUUAAUUUGGGUCCAUCAGAUCUAAAAAAUGAUAGGUUUAAAGUUACAACGGUCAAUGCUGGUGGAGCCGGCGGAGCUGGUAGUUCUGCGGGAGGAGGUAAAGGUGGCUCAGCGGCCGGUCAGGGACAGACCAAGAAGUAGUUUGGAUUUGUGACAUGUGGUGUGGCCAUGGAUGAUCAAAUCUUAUGAGACUCAGGGUUUAGCAUUAUUUGAAUGAAAUGUGAAAAGUGUGGUUAAAACUUGGGGAUUCCUAGUUAUAAAGAUGGGUAUAGUUUCUUUAUUCAAUCAUACUUCUUUUCCUAGUUGGGGUUGUUUUGUGUUUUAGGAUUUAUAGAGAUGAAGUAUUACUCUCAUCCAAAGGUAGAAGAAACUAGGAUCAACUAGCUUUGUUUAUAUAUUCUCUUUAGUGAUUGUUUCUAAUAUUCAAUUAAUAAAAGAAGCUUUGUGUGCA